AUGGAUUUGUACGAUCAGCUUCCGACAAGUUCACUAAUUGACGAUGAACAAUAUCAAUUUUUGUUGCAGCAUUCUGAGCGAUAUGGCGUUUCUGUUUUAGAUUAUCUCACAUUGUCGCCACAACAAUUGGCUACAUCAGUCAAUAGGUCCAUUACCGAGGUAUGCAGGUUUCAAGAAGCUCUGCGAAACGAGUUUUAUAAGGAAGUGAUUGAACUCAACCCAAUACGCUCUUUUAGUUCAUUAGAAGGGCCUAAAUGUUUUACCACGGGGGAUUUAGAUAUUGAUGCGGUCCUAAACGGUGGAAUAUACACUCAUGGAAUAACUGAAAUAUUUGGCGAAAGUUCCAGUGGCAAAUCUCAAUUAUUAAUGCAGUUGGCCCUCUCAGUACAACUUCCUUCCAAAUUCAAUGGGUUUUCUGGCCAAUGUGUAUUUAUCACAACAGAGGGAGACUUGCCAACUCAAAGAUUGGAGGGAAUAAUACAAUUGCGGAAGGAAUUCGUCGAAAAUGGAGUAUCCCAAAAUAAUAUAUAUACGGUUACUUGCAACGAAUGGGCAGCUCAAAAUCAUAUUUUGAGUGUUCAACUGCCUAUUUUACUAGAACGCAAUCCAAAAAUCAAAUUAGUCAUCGUAGAUUCGGUUUCUCAUCAUUUGAGAGUCGAAUUAGAAUCCAGCUCUUUCAAGGCAUCUUUAGAUAAUAGAUCUCAAAUCGAUAAAAUGGCUCAGAAUCUAUUGUAUUUAUCUCAGAAGCAUGGCGUUGCAGUUGUUGUUGCCAAUCAAGUUGGGGACAAGUUAUUGCCAGCAAGACCUACAAGACAAACCGUGAUGGAUUACGAUUAUCAGCUAGGAUUCAUGAUUGGAUGGAAAGAUUCAACCACAUUCUAUAGACAUUUGUUCCACAACGGGGAUGUAAGAGAAGACGUGUUAACAGAUGAUGAAGACUACUAUCAAGUAGUAUCUGUUCAUGAGAAGAUGGUUCAAGCACAACAGCGGCAACAAAAUUUUGUUUUGUCUCAAUCUUCAACGACAAGUUUACCAUCCUUGCAGCCUGAAACAAGUGUAAAUCCCGCAAACUCUGUUAGAGUUAACUCGCCACCAACCGCACUCUCUCAAAUCAGUACAACUAAUGGUAAAUUACAGACUUAUAAUGGAUUUUCUACACAAUUACAGUGUAACAAAAAAAAGCGCAUCGAUACCACGAUCCCUAACCUGGGACUAACAUGGGCAAACCAUAUUUCAACACGAAUCAAGCUUUCCAAAGGCUAUAAAGCCUCUCCCCUAAUAACAAGUGGUGAGCUCGACUUAGAUAAGCUCAGCGACAUCACUGCUUUCUGGCAGGCUAAACGGAUUCUUAAAGUUGUGUUCUCUACGUAUGUCCGAAAUGGACAGAUUCAAUACUCGAUAUGUGACCAAGGCAUAGUAUCGGUGAGCGAUAACCCCAGUAAGUCAUAA